AUGACCCCAACACAAGAGUUCGCCAUGGUUCAAGGCAAGGCACGCGGCGCGGAAGGUGACAAGUGUUCUGCAUGCGAGCCCCUUGAGUCUGGCAAAGACAGGAUGCUAUCCUUUCCCGAACGUGGCGAACGCAAGAAGCGCAUAAUCAUUUGUUGUGAUGGUUCUUGGGACGGUCUUCAACGCCCUAUGACUGAGGUAGAAAGCAAUGUUUCAAAACUUGCCCGAUGUGUUUGUCCCGAGGACCGACGCACAUCUCCUCCGACUCCUCAAAUCGUAUUCUAUCAACCCGGCCAGGCUACCUUCUCUCAAGAAACCUCAGGGACCGACGUAGUCAACAAAAUUAGAGAAGCAUAUGCUUUCCUUGUGCAACAUUACGUGUCUGGCGAUGAACUCUUACUAUUCGGCUUUUCUCGUGGAGCUUUCAUCGCAAGAACGCUUGCACAGAUGGUCAUCGAGAUCGGAAUUUUGAACAUGGCGGGGAUGUCGGACUUCUACGAAGUUUUCGCGGCCUACCAGUUGUGUGUGAAGGGAGGCACGGAGGGGGCAGCUUCUGCGCGAAACUUUCUGGACCACUAUCGUCAUAGUGGACAAAAAGAAUUAAGACCGGUCACCGAGGGAACACUUAAGUGCGUGGGAGUUUGGGAUACCGUCGGCGUAUUCGGCCUACCUGAUCAUUUUGCUGAUAAGUACCGUCUGCUUGGAUUCAAGGAUAGAAAGCUGAGCGCCCAAAUUAAGUAUGCAUUCCAUGCCAUAGCUCUUUGUGAGGCAAGAAAGGAUUUACAGCCGACAAGAUGGGAAAGCGAACCCAGUCCACAGGAUUGCGACCACCCUGGACAGGUGCUCAAACAGGUCUGGUUUCCCUGCUCUCACGUCGAAGCUGGUGGCCGGAUAGAAGAGUAUGAUGAUGUUACUUACAUGUCACUGAUUUGGAUGGUGGCCAAUAUGAUCAAUUAUAACUUGCUUGCCAUGAACGAGGAAUAUCUCCAUGGUUUGCUGUCGGUUUUUUGGACGAGGGUUCAGAGAGGAUUCGGGCUCUACGACCCUGAAGGGCCAAGGAGAUACUGUCUGUCGAGCACAGCGCGACAGUUCCCGACCCGUUGGAACGCGACCACGAAAGAAACAAUCCAUCGCUCCGUCUUUUCCUCUCAGGAGCUGAUCCCUGGACUGGAAAAGGUCACGAAGGAGGGCGAUCCGACGCUGAUCGAGGAGCUACUCCCGUUUGAGAUGGAGAUCCGCAAUCAUUUAGACUUCUUGAUGAAGGAAUGGGCCAUUCACGAGGGCCAUCGGGUGGGGGCCAAUGAGUUUGACGACUGGCCUGGUCAGGAUUCUUGGUACCGCGAACAGUGGUACAAAAACUUCAAAGAGACUGAGCUGGGGGAUAAACCGAGAACUCACGCGCUAUUCUUAGACCUCUUGACUGAAUCUUCCUGGCCAGUUGACACUAAACACGUGAAGGAAGAAAUGAUCUCUAGCCGGAGAGGGAGGGGACAUACAGCUGUUGAAGACGCCGCACUGCGCAUCAUUGGAACACCAAUUGAUUGA